GCGCCUGCUACGGAGGGGGCUGCAGCCACUACCACCCGACGGAAGAUGGAGCCCGAUCCGCUCUACAACCUGCUCCAGUUCCCGAAGGACGCGCCCGGGGCUGUGGAGGAGGAGAUCCCACAGGGAGAAAAGAAGAAGUACCUGCCACCCAGUUCGCGGAGGGACCGGAAGUUUGAAGAGCUGCAGAAGGUGCUGACCGAGUGGCUCAACAUGACCCUGCUCCCGGAGCACAUCGUGGUGCGAAGCCUGGAGGAGGACAUGUUCGACGGGCUGGUCCUGCACCACCUGUUCCAGAAGCUGUCGGGGCUCAGCCUGGAGGUGGAGGAGAUCGCGCUGACCGCCGCCAGCCAGAGGCGGAAGCUGGGCAUCGUGCUGGAGGCCAUGAACCGGAGCCUGCAGGUGGAGGAGCCCAAGGCCAAGUGGACCAUGGAGGCCAUCUUCAACAAGGAUCUGCUGGCCACGCUGCACCUCCUCGUGGCCCUGGCCCGGCAGUUCCGGCCAGACCUGCGUCUCCCGAGCAACGUCCAAGUGGAAGUUCUCACCAUCGAGAGCACUAGGGGUGGCCUGAAGUCGGAGAAAUCAGUGGAGCAGCUCACUGAAUGCGACACAGACAAGGACCUGCCUGCAAAGUUCCGGGAGCAAUAUGUCAUUAAAAACCCACGUGAGGCGAUUCUACGGCAGAGUUGCGAACAGACGCUUUUUAUUGAGCAUUUUGCAGAUGGAGUCCUCCUGCUCCUGCUGAUUGGACAGCUGGAAGGCUUCUUCCUCCACCUGAAGGAAUUCUUCCUCACUCCCAGCUCUCCUGCAGAAAUGUUACACAACGUUACCCUGGCAUUGGAGCUGCUGAGGGACCAAGGCCUGCUGGGCUACCCCGUCAGCCCUGAGGACAUUGUAAACAAGGACACGAAGAGCGUUUUGCGGGUGCUCCACAGCCUAUUCUCCAAGCACAAGCUGAAAGCAGAUGUGGAUAGGGUGCCCGGUGGAACUCCAAAUUGACAUCACUGAUCCCCCACCCCAAGCCGCGUCUCAGGAUCUGCUCUCCGGGCCCUGUGUCCCCCAUCUCCCUCCCAGCCCGGCCGUGUCCCGCGCAGUGAGGGCCGUUGAACCAGGAUGGGUAGAUCUGCUUUGAGCCAACUCGCUGUGCUGAGCUUAUUUGAACAAGCAUGCUUCUGGGAGCCAGCUGCGGGGCUGAGAGUGUCCAGGGCAGGCGGCCCUGGCCCUCCGCAGCUCUGUGGUCUGGGCUGCCCUCUCCCCACUCCCUGCAGUCCAGACAAAGCACCGCCCUAGGGUCCCAGACGCUCAGGCCGGCUGAGGGCCUGGCCCUGGCCUCCGCAGAUGCUCAGGGUCCACCUGCCUCCGGUGCGGGUCAUGGGCUCAGGAUGGCCGUGAGAGCCAGCCCCGCCCCCGGGAGAAGCAAAUUCUGGUUCCUGCCAAAGCACCCGCGGCCCUGGCCGACCCCCACAGCUGGGCUGGGGAGUUCUGCCCCCAAAUCACGCCAAAGAAAUCUCUGUGGUUGACAACGA